GAAAUAAGAUUGCAAGUCACAACUAGGUUUGGUCUAAUGGUGAGGGGUUUGAGUAGUAUGUCAUAGGUCCUGGGUUCGAUCCCAGCAGCUCAUUGUAAACCAAAAAAAAAGAAUGCAAGUCACUGAUCUUGAUCAAAUAGUGCCGAUAUUUUGACUGCAGUUACUCAUGCUUUUUUGGACAUAGGAUAUUGGACUAAGAUCCCCUGCUGUAGAAAAGUUAUAUCCACCCCACCAUUGCUUGCACAUAAAAAAUUAAAGACAUUUUGAUAUAAUGCAAAUUUUUUUGCACAAUGUCAUCCCCGUAGACCAAAAAGUUAUAUCCAAAUUUAAAACUGCAAAGUGUCCUUCUCAAUGAAAUAGAUUAUUCAUUUCAUUAUUAGUACUAAAUAUAAAAUGCUGUACCAUACAAAUGUCAUCUCUUUCCAAUGUCUCUUCAUUCAAUAAAGUAAUAAGAAACCAUAUAUGAUCUCUAUCUCCUAUGUUUGGUACUAAACCAAAUGAUCUUAAAUCUCUAAUCUAAUUUCUAAAUGGUUGAGGAAAUACCUUUCAUUGUUUUAUUUGUACUCACUUUGAGUUUAGCUUUUCUCCUAAAGAAUUUUCUCUCAAAAAGUCAACCAAAAAAUGUUCCAAAAGGAUCUUUGGGGUAUCCUAUUAUUGGAGAGACACUUAGUUUUCUUAAAGCACAAAAGAAAGACAAGGGCUCUAAUUGGAUAGAAGAAAGAGUAUCUAAAUAUGGUUCUGUUUUCAAAACCUCCUUAAUGGGUUCACCUACAGUGUUUAUUAUUGGACAACAAGGAAACAAGUUUGUUCUUGGCACCUCAGAUGAUAUUAUUUCAGCUAAGAAACCUCCAACCCUUCAAAAGAUACUUGGAAAGCAAAGCCUAAUUGAACUUACAGGUUCAAGGCACAAGUUGAUAAAGGGGGGAAUGAUGAAAUUCUUGAAACCUGAAUGCCUUCAAAACUAUGUCAAAAAGAUGGAUGAAUUAGUAAGAACAGUACUACGUAGAGAAUUGAAAGAAAAUGAAACAAUUGAAGUUGUGAGCUUGAUGAAGAAACUGUCCUAUGAUAUGGCAUGCAAUGUACUAUUUGACAUAGAUGAACAAACAAGAGAGAUUAUGUUUGAAGAUUUUAUCACAGCAUUUAAAGCAAUUCACUCUCUUCCAAUAAAUUUCCCUGGCACAUCAUUUUGGAGAGGCCAAAAGGCUAGAGCAAGAAUUGUGAAAAAGAUAGUUCCUAUUAUGAACAAAAGAAGGGAGGAAUUGUCAAAAGGAGCUAUAAAUUCUACUAAUGAUAUGCUUUCUUGCCUUCUUGCAAUAAGGGAUGAAAAUGGUGAACCUCUAGAUGAUGACAUAAUUACUGACAAUUUUAUUUUUCUAUUUGUUGCAAGUCAUGACACAUCUGCUACCCUAAUGAGUUUGAUGAUAUGGAAGUUAUCUAGAGAUCCAGAGGUUUACCAUAAAGUUUUAGAAGAACAUAUGGAAAUUAUAAAGCAAAAGGAUGGAAAUGAAGAAAGGCUAACAUGGGGAGAGAUACAAAAGAUGAAAUAUACAUGGAGAGUUGCUCAAGAAUUAAUGAGGAUGGUCCCUCCGUUGUUUGGCGGCUUCCGGAAAGCACUUAAAGAUACUAGUUACCAAGGAUAUAACAUACCAAAAGGGUGGCAGGUAUAUUGGGCAUCAUGUGGAACACAUAUGGACAAAAAUAUAUUUGAGAAUCCACAAGAGUUUGAUCCAUCUCGUUUUGAAAAUCAAGCUAAGCCAAUCCCACCAUUUUCUUACCUUCCAUUUGGUGCAGGGGUUCAUAAUUGCAUAGGAAAUGAGUUUGCUAGGGUUGAGACCUUAACUACCAUUCACAAUUUUGUGAAGAUGUAUGAAUGGUCUCAAUUAAAUCCAGAGGAAACAAUUACUCGUCAACCAAUGCCAUAUCCAUCUUUGGGUCUCCCAAUUAAGAUCAAACCAAGAUGUAAUAUGUCUUCCUAAACUUUAUUAUCCUCUCCUACUUCCUCUUAUCUCAUAUAUAUAACUGAUAUAUCUGGCUCAUAUUAUGGACUAGAUAUAUCAAUUACUAAAUGAAUCUGAAAACAAAAUAUUAGAACA